GCUGCAAUGGCUGACACCAGCAGACCCGUUUUCGUGUUCGUCCCCGGCGCCUGGCAUCUGCCAGAAGCCUUCGAUGCCAUCCGGGGGCUCAUGGCCCAGCGAGGGCUCGAGACCGAGGCCGUGACCUUGACGUCCGUUGGCGCUGAACCGCCCACCAAAGGCCUGCACAGCGACAUUGCCCAUGUCCACUCUGUGCUCCAGCGCCUGGCCGAUGAGGGGCGACAGAUCGUCGUGAUUGUCCACUCGUACGGCGGGCUGGUCGGUGCUGGAGCCGUGGAGGGUCUGGAAUAUGCUCGACGGGCUCAGAACGGCCAGAAGGGUGGUGUCAUCAUGCUGGUCUACAUGACCGCCUUUGUCGUGCCGAAGGGGAAGAGUCUGAAGGACAUGCUGGGAGGUCAAUGGCUCCCGUGGAUGAAGUUCAACGUUCGUUCUUCAACACCCACGGCUUCUGCUUCUCGUCACUGA